AUGCCUAAAGUGGUUUCCAGGAGUAUUGUUUGUUCUGACACAAAAGACCAAGAAGAAUACAAUGAAACAAAACCACUGCAUAUUUACUAUUGUUUAUGUGGACAAAUGUCGCUAAUUCUGGAUUGUUCAUUAGACAGACUACCACUGCGACCAACAGACGGAGCCCGAGUCAUUGAUGGUUCAAAACACGCUCAUAAAAUCACUUCAGAUCCUGAUGAAACGAUUUAUUUAAAACGAGAGAAAGGUAUUGAAAGGCAAUACAGAUUAAAAUGUAAGAAGUGUUCUAUUCCCAUUUAUUACAAGCACGAUCAAGAAAGUAAUGUUGUUUUUAUACUAGAGGGUGCAUUAGUGCAGACUGUGGGUGAAGUAACAGACAUCUAUAAACAAGUGGCUUUAGUUCAACCAAAGAAAAUUAUGGUUACAAAACAUACUAAGAAUAUGGGUAAAUUCAGUUCGGUGACAGUUUCAACUAUAGACGAGGAAGAAGAUGAGAUAGAAGCAAGAGAAGUGGCUGACAGCUAUGCCAAUAAUGCUAGGAUUAUUGAAAAACAAUUGGAAAGGAAAGGAAUGAAUAAGAGACAGGCUGAAAUGCCAUCACAAGGUUCCGGUGAAAAAAGAGUUCGAGGGACUUUGAUAGACAAGUAA